AAACUAAUUGAAAUGUCGAGUUUUACUUACAAGGAAAUCAAAGGCGACCUCUUUAGUUGCAAAAGUGACUAUUCCUUGUGCCAUUGUGUGGCCGCAGAUUUGCGUAUGGGCAAAGGCAUAGCUGUAAAGUUUCGAAACAAAUUUGGGCAGUUGCUGAACUUGCAGAAGCAGAACGUUCAGCCCGGCGGCGUGGCCAUCAUUCACGAUCAGCAGCGUUAUAUAUACUACCUGAUAACCAAAAAAUCCAGUUGGGGAAAGCCUACCUAUGAACUCCUUCACAGUUCCUUAGUUGCCAUGCGACAGCAUAUGAUCUCCCACCAAGUCACCAAAUUAGCCAUGCCCCGCAUAGGAUGCGGUCUGGAUGGCCUAAAAUGGCCAAAAGUUAAGGAACUUGUCUGCACGGUUUUCCAAUUGGAUGCUCUGGAACUGGUUGUGUAUAAUUAUGAAGCUCAGAAGUAA